AUGAAAAACGAAAACUUCAAAUGCACGUGAGAGUUCACACUGGAGAGAAGCCUUACACCUGCCAACAGUGUGGAAAGAGCUUUGCUCAAAAAGCAGCCCUUCAAAAUCACAUGAGAACUCACUCGGGAGAGAAGCCAUUCCCCUGCCAACAGUGUGGAAAUGUUUUCAGUCGAAAAACAAACCUUCAAAGACACAUGAGAACUCACUCGGGAGAGAAACCUUACACUUGCCAUCAGUGUGGAAAGAGUUUUACACAGAAAAGCAGCCUUCAAUUUCACAUGAACAUUCACACUAGAGCGAAACCUUAUACAUGCGAACAGUGUGGAAAGAGUUUCCCUGCAAAACAAAACCUUAAAGUUCACAUGAGAGUUCACACUGGAGAGAAGCCUUACUUUUGCAAGUAUUGUGGGAAGAGUUUCGCAAAUGCAUACUCCCGUAAGUACCACAUGAGAAUUCACACUGUUCAUUCAACAUUCAACAACCUGCUGGUGCUGAAAGAGGAGAAUCGAGAUCCAAAUGAAAUGGAACAGACAGAUCAGUGUGAGAAACACCAUGAUUUCAUAACUGGUAAAAAUGCCACCCAGACUAAAACGGCUUCUAUACGAAAAAGAGCUCAGAAAACCAAAUCUAACAGCUCCUUCACCUGCCAUCAUUGUGGGAGGAGUUUCGAUGAAAAACGAAGACUUCAAAUGCACGAACCUUUAAAAGGCACAUGA